AUGUGUAACUUAUUACCGAAUUAUCAAGUCACACCAGAUUGUAGUGAGACCUAUGAGACCGACUCAGAAUUCGAAAAUUCUGAAAACAAAGAUCUCAAGAGUUCUAAAGCUUCGAGGCAGGAUUCUAAACAAAACAAAGAAAGUAAACCAAACACUAAAUCACCAUUAAAAUAUAUCAAUCAUAAAUCAAAACUAUCACAACAUAAUUCAGUAAUAAAACCUUCAUCUCAUUCAAAGUUUGAUCAUAUCUCAUCAAUAUCUUCAUCUAAAAAAUCAAAUUUCAAUAAAAAAUUCUCAUCAGGUUUCAUAGAACGAUGGGAAUCUAAUCAAUUAGCAUUAGCUGAUGCAAAUAGUUUAAUUGUACAAUUGAAUAAAGAAUUAAAAGAAUGUAAAUUAGAAUUAAAAACAUUACAAAGACAAUAUAAAAUGCAAGCUGUACGAUUAGAUAAAGCUAUAGGACAAGAAGCUGAUAUGCCACAAAUUGUUGAACGUUUAAAUUCAGAAAUACGUACAUUACAUAUUCGUUUACGUGAGAAAAUUUUACAAUCCAAUAUAGAUCAAAGAAAAAUUCAUGAAUUACAACAACAUGUUUAUGUAUUAGAGAAAACAAUGAAUGAUGAAAAACAUAAUCAAUCACAAUAUACUGAUGAAAGAUCAUCAAUAUCAUAUAAACGAAAUAAUAAAACUUAUGAUAUAACUAUAGAAUUAAAAGAAGAAAAAAAGAAAAAUUCGCAAUUAAAGCAUCAAUUAGAUAUAUUAACAAAAAAUUAUAAACAACAAAUCAAUAUAAAUAAUGAAAAACUACGACAUUUACAACAAGACUAUCAACAUUUAAAAGAUAAACUUUAUGAAAGAACUCAACAACUUCAGGAGAAAACAAAAUUACUAGAAUUACAAAAUGUUUAUAGUCAUCGUAUACCAAAAAAUCUUAUACUGAAUCAUUUACCUAGUUUAUCAUCUAUGUGUUUAACAAAUGAUGAAAUGAACAAUCAUAUUGAUCGUAAAGAAGAACUAACAAAAUCUAAUCAUUCAUUAAUUGAUCAAUAUAAUUGUAAUUCUAAUGAUAAAUCUUCACCUAGACUACCACCAAUUAUUGUUCAUGAUAACAAUCACAAUAAACCCAAUGAUGAUGUAACAUCAUCAUUAUUAUCAUCUCAUGAUGUCAAUAUAUGUAAAGGAUUACAACAAAUGCCUACAAUAAAGAAUAAUAUAGAAUCCAAUUUAGAAGUAGAUCCAUUAAUGAUGAAUGGUAAACUAUCAAAUGAUCAUGAACAUCAUGUAGAUCAGAAAAAAGAAAAUUUAUCGAAAGAAGUGAUUGAGAACCAUCAAAUAAAGGAUUCCAAUCUUCAAAACAAUAAAGAAAAUCAAAUGAAUAGUAACAAUAAUGAUACUGAAGUAAAAUUAAUGAAUGAAUCCAUUGGAAAAUUGCAUGAUCAUAAUAAUAAUAAUCUUCCCAUUGAUCAUAAUGAAGUUGAUAAUUCCUAUACUACUCAAAUGAAUCAUAUAAGUAAUAUAAAUGAGAAAAACAUAAAAAAAAUAGAAGAAAAUGAAAUAGAAGAAAGAAAAUAUAAAUUACAUUUAAUACAAACACUUCAAGAAAUCGAUAAACAGGAAAUCCAUCAUAAACCAUAUGAAAAUCAUAAUCCUAAUAACAAUUCGAUGAAUAAUAAUACUGGAAAGACAAGAGAAGAAGAACUAUGGAAUGAUUUAUUUGGAUCAAUAAAAGAAAAUGCCAAUGAUACAUCGCAAGUGAUAAAUCAACCAUAUCAACCUUCUUCUAAUAAUGGAAUCCUAUUGAGUAACACUAUCAAUCAAUCUAUACAUCAUUCAAAUAGGAAAAUAGGUAUUCAUCAAAAAAGUAAUAAUAAAGAUCAUAAUCAAGAUACAUUCAAACAACCAUUAUGGUUAUCAAAUCAUCAAACAGUUAAUCAACUAUCGAAUGAAUCGAACAUCCUAAACAAUCAGAAUUCAAUUAAUUGUAUGAAGUUGAAUAAUAAUAAUAUUAAUAAUCGAUUGAUCACUACACAAUUCGAUCAUAUUGAUACUGAUAUUGAAAUAUUACAAAUUUGA